CAUAGUGGAGGAUUUAGCAGAUAAAGGGCCACAUAUUUAUUUCAGGAGUUGGUGGAAACCAAAAACAAAGCAAAAGGGAGAGUAAAUAUUUGGUUUACAUGGCUAAUGUCAAUGAUAUUGUUGCUGUUUAAUGUGUAAAUAAGUGGUUUAUAAUAUUGGAGUGUCAGCUUCAACAGCUAAGAUAAGUCAGUAUUGUUUACCCUUUGUCACCAAGUGGCCAAACCAAGCAGUUAUUGCAGAUUUAACAUAAAAGCUUCACAAGACCACUGCUUGAAUAUAGACUUUUCACUUAUAUCUGACUCACCAAUAUCAAAAUGGGUUGCUUAAAGUUUUUAAAUUAUAGAUAAAUGUGUGUUUUGUUUUUUUUUUAAAAGAUAAUCCCAUUUAAUAGAUGGGACAGUAACAUAUCAUAAAAGCACAAUAUUAUGGCUAAACUUUUUAAAAUAUAUUUAUUUGCAUCAAUAUUUAUCACUCUUGCAAGUUAUGAAGAGCCCAAAAAUGAUGACGAGAUAGUCAAAACCAAAUUUAUCAGAGCAUAAAGGUAACAAUCAAACUGCAUAUUUAAUACUUUAAGGACAUACAAUUAGAAAAUCAACAAAUUCCAUAAACACGUAUCUUCUUUGCAACAUAAGACUAAAGACUUUCUUAAAGAACAUUUCACCAGCAAAACACUCCACGGAGGUCAAACUAAAGAUCACAUCCGUAUUGGGCACUGAGGCCACACACAAAGCGUUCAUGUUUUGGAAACUCACCACUUAUUUUGAUUAUCUUGGAAGGAGCAAGUUAGAGUCACUUGCUAUUAAUGUGGCCUAUUAAUCUGAUAUCUAAUAUAUGAUUCAACAUAUUCAGGGUAAUUUUGUGUCCUAUCCUACCUCCUCUGUUUGCCUGCAUGGAGGACGUGUUGUUUGGUUGCAGAAUGAAGAGAACUGUAAAGAGCUGGAUUAGAGAAGAACAAGAGAGGCUACCUAAGCUUGUGGCAUUGAAUGUCGCUGCCAUUGUCAAGACAAACAAAUACUCAACAGCUGAAAGUUGUUUGUGGCUUUGGAGUGGUGUCGGUUAACUUUGUCGCUGUUUCAACAGCUUCUUAAUGACAAAUAACCUUCCACUGAGAGACGCUGCUAAUAUGCUACCUGUCAUCAGGCUUAAAAACUCCCAUCUUUUAUCCAAAUAAGGCUGCUCCCUAUCAGUAGCACAGCUGGUCUAUGACCUAAACACUGCAAGUUCCCCAUUAACGUGUCAAGACACCUCGAGGCCCUGGAUGGGUUUCAAGGUUUGGGAUGUGAGUGAAUUUAGAUUGACGAUAUGUGAAACUGUGGGGGUGAUACUUCAUGGUCAGAGGCUGCUGAAAUGUAACUGAGGGGAGGUCUAAUUGAGUUUUAUGUUACUGGAGCUUCCUUCUUUUCUCCGGGGCUUGAUACAUGGGGGCUGCAUGCCAGCGUGAUCCUGUUACCUCCCAUUUUUGGUGAAGUAAUCGAGGUCAUCGCAGGAAAAGGGAGCAAGUAAGCACAACAUGGACACGUUCAAGACAGAGUGCGUCAUUUGUAAAUAGACUUUUGAUGGGAUCUCCUCUUAAGAAAUGCAGAAGUGACACCAACUUAACCCUUUCAUGCACAACAGGGGUCAAAAAUGACCCAUAUUCAAUGGAAAAUGGGUAUCUCAUGACCCAUGUUGUGCAUCAAAGGGUUAAUAACAAAUAAAAUCAAGGUAACAGUUCCUCUAAAUCUAUCAUUUGAGCAUUUCUAAGCAUAUAAACAUUUAAUAGAAGGUUUAUGAUGCAUGAUAAUCCAAAACAGCGUAUUCUGUGAAGUCAAAUUUCAUAUUAUUACAACUGCAUUUUGCUAUAUUUCUCUUUAUUCUCUAUAUGUACAGCAGUCUUCACAUAUAGGUGUCCAUAGGAUGAGCUACUGUUGUUGAUCAGUACUUAAACUUAUAUCCUGAAAUUGUUUAUUAAAUGCAUAAAUGCAGUUACUUACUAUUAAAUAGAGGAUUUGUGGUCAAGUGCUAAUCAGCCAGUUUCUCUUGUAGGCUUUAACUGUUUUGGUAAUAACACUCACACCCAGCAGCUCUCUGCCAAGAUGCUUUCAAGCCAAAUGCAAAUCAUAUACUGUCGUCCAUUUUAAUAGAGCUUAUACCCCGAUGUGCCCCUGCAUAGUCACCAGACUAUUUGUAGACUGCCAAGUAAAACUGAUGCAUUACCAGCAUAACAUGCAACAUGUGGACUCAUUUCAACCCACAAUUAUGUCCAAAUCAUUCAAAGUUCAAGAUAAUUGCAGUGAAAUGAACUCAAAAACCAGUUCAUACAAGUAGUAUUUCAUAUCAUAUCUGGUAUGAGGUUACAGACGGUGGCGAUUUCUGCAAAGCAACCAGCACAGAAGUCCAGAAACAACAACUGGAAGCAAAGAUGCAUGACCGUUGAUAUCAUGACAUUCCCACCAUUCCCUCUCUCUCCUUCUGGCUCCGUCUUCGACUCAUCUUUGUUGUGCGUGUUAGGAUCUACGUGCACUGCGUUCCCGUAUCUUGCUUGUGUUUAUUUCUCGGGGGCACGGCUCUAAAAAUACCUCUGCCCUUGUGAUGAUGAUGGGUGUGUUCUGCAGGAUGCUGAGCCCCUAUAACCUCGCAGUCAGAGGUCUCCAGAUGAAGUCAGAUCGCAGGUCUUUUACUGGAAAGUAACGCAGCUGCAGAGCAUUUUGUAUGGAUACUUUGCACCCAUGCCUUGUGGAGGAAACUUUAAAAAGGGGUGAAGAGGAGAAAGAGGAGGAUGACUGGGAUGAAGAAGAUGAAGAAGAUGAAGAGGAGGAAGAGGAUGACACAGAAAAAGAGGAAUCGGCUGCAGUGAAGCAGCAAACACCAGCCUGGGCUCCACGUUUCUUCUACAGAUUAGGUAAAGAGGUGUACAACUAUGUUGGUGAAGAGAUCAUCAUCCAAGAGGGUCUCGACUCGUAUGCAGGCAUGAUAUGGCCAGCGGCUUCGGCUCUCUGUCACUACCUCGACACUCACCGUCAACAGCCGAGUCUUGUGGACAAAACAGUCCUGGAGAUUGGGGCAGGAACUGGGCUGGUCUCUGUCGUAGCAUCACUCCUCGGUGCCUGGGUCACAGCCACAGACCUUCCAGAAUACCUGAGCAACCUGAAAGUGAACCUGUGCAGAAACACCAGGAGCCGCUGCAGACACACUCCCCAGGUGGCAGCUCUGUCCUGGGGCUACGACCUGGAGGACACCCACCCUUCGUCCGUCUACCGGUACGACUACGUGCUGGCUGCUGAUGUGGUCUACCAUCACGACUUCCUGGACGAGCUCCUGGCCACCAUGAAGCAUUUCUGCAAACCAGGAACGACUAUUAUCUGGGCCAACCUGGUCAGGUUUGCGACUGAUCUGACUUUCACUGAGAACUUUAAAAAGGCCUUUCACACAAGUUUACUGGCUGAAGAUGGAGAGAUGAAGAUCUUCAUGGCAACAUGCAGAAAGUAAGAGAUAAGCAGUUUAAAUCUGACAGUAGAGCAGCUGUACUCAAUAAAUAUGCUGCCUGCAUAACAGAUGUUCUUUUUAGAUUUUGUGGAGGAUAGUAUUUUGUAAAUUGUGAGAGGAAAAUCAGUUUGGAUCUGCUCAGGCUUUAGUAUUUAGGUGCGGGUUUUGAAGUUUCACCCAGUAGAUGAACUACUGCAAAACAUCCACAUGCAGUAGUUCUUCUGCUACUUCCCUCUCUGACUGAAGAAUCUUUAACCUUCAUAUGUAAACUACACAAGAUCAAUGCAGAUUUUGUCAAAGAAGGCAGCACAAAACCAGUUUUAGUUUGGCUGUUGCCUGGGUUCAGACUGUAUUUUAACAUGACUUUAAACAAAGACGUUCAGUCAGGUGUGAUGUGUCUUCAACCACCUGGCUACAUCAUUUACUGUUCACAUAAAUUAAAUAGGACUACAAUGAUCAGUAAUUCAUUUUCAUAGCAGGCUGUUUCUAAUGAAUAUUUGGUCACUCCAGGUUCUCAAAUGUGAAGAUUUAAAGUUUUUCUUUGCUAUAUAUGACAGUAAAUAAAAUACAGUUGGUAGGAUGACACAAGCCAUCUGAACAAGACACACUGAACUGUAGGAAAAUAUAAUGUAGCCUGUAACCGUUAAGAAAUGUAUUUUGGCACGUUUUUUUCUACAUUUUUAUGUCUAACAUCAGUAUAAAUAAUAAAAUUAAAGGAAAACCUU